AGGACCAUAUUGAGUUGUAGUACCGCAGGUAUACACCCAGCAAGCCGGCCGGCAAAAUUAACUUACUGCACACGUAAACCAUUCAGACGCUGAAUGAGUUGGCACGUAGCCAGGCGUAGACAUUAGUCAGAGACAAUUUGAGACAACUUGUCUGCAGAUUAAAACCGUACAACAUUCACCUUUGGCUCAUUACUCUAAUUAGUGAUACUCCAGUCAGUAAUAUUCACAAAUUAAAAAUGGAACAUCAUCCGGACCUUCCGCUGGUGGAGAGAGUCGUCAAGACGGAGAAGUGGGGAGAUUUCAAUUGCUUUCUGCAGGGAGACAUCACAAACACCCAUAAAAUUCUAGUAGUCACAAUGCACGACAUUGGCUAUAACCAUACGGCAUGGGUCAAGUUUCUGAAUUCCAAGAGCAUGGACAACUUUGCCAGUAGAGCUAGUUUUAUUCACAUCAACGCCCCCGGGCAGCACGACAAGGCAGAGACCCUACCGGAGGGAUACAACUUUCCAAGCAUGAAGCAGAUUGCAGAAGAUCUACCGGAAGUUUUAAAGAGCCUUGGGAUUGAAGACACCCGAGAGUUUAUCGGCGUUGGAGAAGGAGCAGGGGCAACCAUCAUGGUCCGGUUUGCAGCUUUGGCAGGCAAGAGACUGUUGGGACUCAUCCUUCUGGAGUGCACGUCCGGCUCGGCGGGAUUCUUGGAGUGGGCUGAGGGGAAGUUUGCCUCGUGGAAACUAGACAAGCUUCACAAAAUGAAUCCCUCCACGGAAAAAUACCUGCUGUGGCACCACUAUGGCGGGAGGAAGGGAAGUGAAGAAGCGGUGAAGGAAUUCCAUGCAAGUCUUUACGAUCGUCUGAACGCCCACAACCUAUCUCUCUUCAUCAAUGUCUUCCAAAGUCGUACCGACAUCAGCCACUUACUCAAGAAUCUGCAAUGUCCAACGUUGAUCGUGACGGGCCACGACUCGCCUCACGUCGGCGAAGUGGAGAAAGUAUUCAACUUGUUACCCAAGGGCAACAAGACGCUCCUGAAAGCGGAAGAUGUGGGCGGCGACAUCAAAGAAGAAACUCCUGAAAAACUAGCUGAGAGCAUGCAGUACUUCAUCCAAGGGAUUGGUGGACUACCGUCGCUCCCGCUCACCCGCUUAGGCCGAGCAGCAUCCCUCGGUGAAACCCCCAAAGAGAGGCGUUCCCACAGCAAAAGCAUGUCAGAAAUGGACCAGCCCCACCUGGACCAGCACUUGAAGACAACCGAGCAUCACCAUCAAGCCGAGGUGGCCGAUCAGGCCGCCCAGUGAUUGCAGUUUCUCAUUUUAGUUUGUCAUUUUUUUUUUUACGCCAUGCAUAUCGGCAAAAAAAACGAUUCUAAUCUGGGCGCCCGCCCAUCACGUAUCAUUCUCACAAAACAGUAAAACGGGACAGUCAGCAUUUUGUCCACAUUCCCAACAAUAAGAAGCAACAAAUUUAAUAACAUUUAAAAAAAAAAUUAAAAAAUCAAAAAAAAAAAAAAAUAGAACGCAAGAUUGUGGUUUUGUAUUUUACCUCAACUCAAUGUAAGUCAGCAAUCCCCGUCUGCGUCAUUGUGGUUUAGAAGUGCUACACAGCAGGAAAUGUUUCAAGCAAAAACUCAAGAAUCGACCCUUUUUUGGGUGGAAGGGUCACCCCUCAGGGCUUGAAGAAGUGCUCCAUGUCGUUUCUCCUCAAAUUUAUUGGAUUCAGUAAGAGACCUGGAGCAAUUCCCCCCCCCCCCCCAUUCUCUCCAAACUUUGUUCAAUGUCCAAGUUUGGUUCUAUUUCAGUCUCGAAGUAGAUUUUUUUGUCAACACAAUAUUAAGUUCUCUCUAAUCUGAGUGUUUUUCCCCCAAAACUCUUCUCUCUCAAAUUGAACUCAAAAUACUGCAGCUUUGAAAGAAGACUACAAUUUGCCAAAUGUUUCCCGAUGCGUAGCAUUUUUAGACCACAAACCUAUCAGUUCCCCGGCUGAUUGAUGUUAGUGACCGUUUUAUUUUUUAGCUCUUAGAGAAUUUUCUGCAACAUUGGAUGGAUUCCGGUGUAUCAUUUACAAGUCGUUGUUUUCCCUUUUUGUUUUUGCUUGGUUAUGUUUAUUUUAACCCUUCAAGUUUUAUUUUCUGGUAGUUACAUGGUUUGGCGGCUCAGCAGAAUAUAUUUCCGGAAUGUUUUAUGUUUGUGACCCUCGUGAUGUGUAUUCACUAACAUUGACACGUUGUUUGUUGACCCUUGUAAGAUCUUUCUGUAUUUUUUUUUUCCAAUAUUUGUCAAGCACUGUCAAACAGAUUUUUUUUAUAGCAGAAUUUUUUUUCUUUUGCCAAAAGAAAUUGAGAAUAUUAUAUGAAAUGAUUAAAAGAGAAAAUAUUUUAUUUGUAGAAAAACGAAAAUUUAUUCGUGACCUGAAAUUGAUCUAGUGAAAUAUGUCGGCACACACAAAUGUGGUAGUUUUGAGUCAAAUUCAUUUGCCGUUUGAUUGUAAGUGUUGAUGUUGUUAAGGUUAAAUAAAUCAUCAAAUUGAAGGCAUUUCUGUUAGCUUUUCAUCCCUUUUAAGUGUUUUAUCCCACAUUUUCUUUUAGUAGUAAGAAAAAAGU